GGAGCGGAGCGGGUGACGCGGGGCUGCGGGCGGCGUGGCCGAGGAUGCUGCGGGGCGGCCGAGGAGGCGCCGCGCCCCAGUGACCGCGCGACGGAGCGCAGCGCGCGGGACCGGACGAAUGUAUGACAACAUGUCCACAAUGGUGUACAUAAAGGAAGACAAGUUGGAGAAACUUACACAGGAUGAAAUCAUUUCUAAGACAAAGCAAGUAAUUCAGGGGCUGGAAGCUCUGAAAAAUGAGCACAACUCCAUUCUACAGAGUUUGCUGGAGACACUGAAGUGCUUGAAGAAAGAUGACGAGAGCAACCUGGUGGAGGAGAAAUCCAACAUGAUCCGAAAGUCCCUGGAGAUGCUGGAACUUGGCCUGAGUGAGGCACAGGUGAUGAUGGCUCUGUCGAAUCACCUGAAUGCUGUCGAGUCAGAGAAACAGAAACUGCGCGCGCAGGUUCGUCGUCUGUGUCAGGAGAAUCAGUGGCUGCGCGAUGAACUGGCCAACACACAGCAGAAGUUACAGAAGAGUGAGCAGUCUGUGGCUCAGCUGGAAGAAGAAAAGAAGCACCUGGAAUUCAUGAACCAACUUAAGAAAUACGACGAUGACAUUUCUCCCUCGGAGGACAAAGACACUGAUUCUGCCAAAGAACCCCUGGAUGAUCUCUUUCCAAAUGAUGAGGACGACCCUGGCCAAGGAAUCCAGCAGCAGCACAGCAGUGCCGCCGCCGCCGCCCAGCAGGGUGGCUAUGAGAUCCCAGCACGGCUGCGCACGCUCCACAACCUGGUGAUCCAGUAUGCUUCACAGGGGCGCUAUGAGGUGGCUGUGCCACUCUGCAAGCAAGCCCUGGAGGACCUGGAGAAGACGUCGGGUCAUGACCAUCCUGAUGUGGCCACCAUGCUCAACAUUCUCGCCCUGGUGUACAGGGAUCAGAACAAAUACAAAGAUGCAGCCAACCUUCUGAACGACGCCUUAGCUAUCCGCGAGAAGACCCUGGGGAGAGACCAUCCUGCGGUAGCAGCAACUCUGAACAACCUUGCUGUACUGUAUGGUAAACGAGGGAAAUACAAAGAGGCGGAACCGUUGUGUAAAAGAGCCUUGGAGAUCAGAGAAAAGGUUCUGGGAAAGGAUCACCCUGAUGUUGCCAAGCAGCUAAAUAACUUGGCCUUACUGUGCCAGAACCAGGGCAAGUAUGAAGAGGUAGAGUAUUACUACCAGAGAGCCCUCGAGAUCUACCAGACGAAACUGGGGCCUGAUGACCCCAACGUGGCCAAGACGAAAAACAACCUGGCAUCCUGUUAUCUGAAACAAGGAAAGUUCAAGCAAGCGGAAACCCUGUACAAAGAGAUUCUUACUCGUGCACAUGAACGGGAGUUUGGUUCUGUGGAUGAUGAGAACAAGCCCAUUUGGAUGCAUGCUGAAGAGAGAGAAGAGUGCAAAGGAAAGCAGAAGGAUGGGACAUCUUUUGGAGAGUAUGGUGGCUGGUACAAAGCCUGCAAAGUCGACAGUCCAACUGUUACAACCACUUUAAAAAACCUUGGAGCACUUUACCGCAGGCAAGGGAAAUUUGAAGCUGCAGAGACAUUGGAAGAAGCUGCCAUGAGGUCACGUAAACAGGGUCUUGACACUGUUCACAAACAGAGAGUGGCUGAAGUGCUAAAUGACCCUGAGAACAUGGAGAAGCGAAGGAGUCGUGAGAGCCUCAAUGUGGACGUGGUCAAGUACGAGAGUGGCCCUGAUGGAGGGGAGGAAGUGAGUAUGAGCGUAGAGUGGAACGGGGAUGGCACUGGAUCUUUAAAGCGCAGUGGUUCCUUUAGCAAACUCCGGGCUUCCAUUAGACGCAGCAGUGAGAAGCUGGUUAGGAAGCUGAAGGGAGGAAGUUCACGAGACAGUGAGCCGAGGAACCCUGGCUUGAAGCGUGCCAGCUCUCUGAAUGUUCUUAAUGCGGGUGGCAAAGCCUCAGAAGAUCGUUUCCAAGAACGAAAUAAUUGUCUGGCAGACUCGAGAGCACUGAGUGCUAGCCACACUGACUUGGCCACUGAGGGCUGAGACAGAGCUAGAUAGGACCCAAGAGUUACGGAACCCUGACGCCCUCGCAGCCCUCCAGCCUCCCAGGAGGGAGCUCGCCUCUGGCAGAACGGGCUUUCUUUCUAGAUGGUGACGUCCACCAACAUCUGGAGGCUUUAAAAACAUUAUGGGCUGCAUGCCCUAUAAUUCAGUCUGCAUGGAGCACCAAGGAGCUGCUGGUACCCCAGGGCCAGCAGGUGCCUUGGCGCAGGCAGGCGGGUGUGGUGGCUCAGGCGUGUUUGGAUCGGCUGCUGCACGUGGACACUCUUGGCAUUUAUGCUAGCCACUCUUCUGCCAUGACACUUCAAACUAUUUAAAAUUUUAAUACUGUAAUAAGGGAGCCAAGAAUCAGAAACAAAUUAUUUCCAGACAAGGAGUCUGAAGUGUGUGGGUUAGAGAUGGAGCAGUGUGUUGUGCACUGUGCCAGUGGUCUGGAAUCCCAGCCCUUACCUUUGUAGCGAGCUUUAUCUUUCCUCCUGUUGUCUCCUGUAUGCCAAGCAGAUAGCAGCAGCUUGAAAGCAGGGUGGGUUUUGACAGUUUCAGAUCAAUAGAUCAAUCCCAAGGCCAUAUGCAAGAUUAACUUGCAGGCUGAGAAGAUUCAGAACAGACGAGGUGAGUAGCGCCCACACGAGCCGGGCGAGAAGCCUGGAAGGUGGCAGGCUGCUCCAUCUCCCUCGUCUGAACUCUGAACAGCUGGUCAAAUGUGUUGCUUUGUAUUAACAAUGUAAGCGGUGUCACAGCAAAGCACUUCAUUUUUGUUUACUUCCAGCCACACUGCAGUGUGGCCUUGGGGGCGGGGUCAGGGUUUGCUCACCAGACACCCAUGUUAGUGCCCCCACUUUCUCCAGGCCCAGCAGGAGCAUAAAGAUAAUACAUGUAAA